AUGUCGAGAAAGUCGCCAGCGUUUGAAGGAGAGAACCCUGGGCCCAUGGCCUCAAAUACGCUUCCAGAGAAACCAGAAAAGAGAGAUGCUUUCUCAGAGCUCCUAUCUCCCAAAAACAAACAACAGAAGCACGCCGACGACGGUCCGUCCAAGAAAUCGUCAAAGAGAGCUAUUGGGGGUGUGCGUGAUGGGUUAGGCGUCUACAUUGCAAAGCCAGAGUCAUUUCCGCCUAAUGUCGUGGUUUACCAUAAUGAUGACUUUGUCGCAAUACAUGAUAUGUUCCCCAAAUCUACGCUCCAUCUGCUCCUGCUCCCCCGCGAUCCUCUGAAGACCCGUCUCCAUCCGUUCGACGCUUUCGAAGACCCCGAGUUCCUGAGAAAGGUUAAAGCCGAGGUGAAGAAACUCCGCACUCUGGCGGCGGGAGAGUUGAGACGGAAAUAUGGAAAGGAUUCUGCGCAGGACAAGGAGAGACAAGAAGCACUUGAUGCGGAGCCACCACUUGAUGAACUGCCGCGGGGGAGGGAUUGGGAGCAAGAAAUCAUGUGCGGGAUUCACGCUCAUCCGUCUAUGAACCACUUGCACGUCCAUGUUAUGUCAGUGGAUCGAUAUAGUGGGCGUUUGAAGCAUAGGAAGCACUACAACAGCUUUUCUACUCCAUUCUUCGUCAACAUCGAGGAUUUCCCGCUUGCAGAGGAUGAUGUUAGAAGGCAUCCGGGAAGAGAGGGCUAUCUCCAGCGGGAUUUCAUCUGCUGGCGAUGUGGUGAGGAUUUUGGGAAUAAGUUUACUUCACUGAAGGAGCAUCUUGAGAAAGAAUUCAAUGAGUGGAAAAGAGUGUAA